AUGAGGGACUUGUCGGGGACGGAGAUAUCCCAACUGCCGACGGAGGGCCUGACGACACUGAAGCACCUGACCCUGCAGAACGUGCCAAACCUGUGGGUCUUCCCCUCUCCCUAUUCCCUGCAGGAGCUCGUCAAGGCCAGGCUCACCUAUCCGUAUCAUUGCUGCGUCUUCCAGUUCCCGGAGGUCCACGACCCUGUUCUCUAUGCCGAGACGGAAAAGAAGCUUCAGGAGCAAUGUCGCGAGCACCAAGAACAACAGCACCGCCACCUGCUGUCCCUGGACGAGAGCCAGGACGGCGGCACCUGGCACAACAAGUCCUUCAACCCGGUCGGCGGAUGGGGCUGCGAAAACGACUCGCGAUUCAUCCCCAAAGACGUGAACUGCGAACCGAGGCCGGACGCGUUCAACCCCUGCGAGGACAUCCUGGGCCACCCGAGCCUGCGGAUCACGGCCUGGAUCGUCAUCCCAACCGCCCUCCUUGGGAACCUGGCCGUCCUCGUCGUGAUCCUCUGCAACCGGCGGAAUAUGACCGUCGGGAAAUUCCUCAUGUGCAACCUGGCCUGCGCGGACCUCGGCCUGGGACUCUACCUCCUGGCCGUGGCCGUCGUCGACCUUCGGACGAUGGGCUUUUACUUCAACUACGCCAUUCCCUGGCAACAGGGGCUGGGCUGCGAGAUCGCUGGCUUCGUGACGGUGUUCUCGUGCGAGCUGAGCAUCGUGACGCUCUCGGUGUUGACCGGGGAGCGGUGGUACGCUAUCACGCAUGCCAUCCGAGUGAGCAAGAGGCUCCGUCUCCCCGCAGCGGCCAAGGUCAUGGCUGGGGGGUGGCUCUUCGCGAUCGCCGUCGCUGCUCUGCCGCUCUUCGGCGUCUCCGACUACUCCAAGACGAGGUGA